AUGCUAUACGAUCACUAUGCCCAUCGUAGAGAGCAGGGUCUAGUACGAGACAUACUUAAAGUAAUCUUCUGUCGCGUCCUUCUCAUUCAACGCCCCAAAAGAAUCAAGGCGGCCGAGCUAGCCUGGGAAAUGUCCAAUUUUCGGGAACGAUGGAGAUUCUUCGAGAAAAACUUGAACCAUUACGAGCUUACCGAUAAACCUGAAGAUGAAAUCGUUCCCAGACCAGCAUCGCAAGGUGGCGGCGACCAGGAAUCACCCUGUGAUUCACUUGAUCCUGUUCAAUUUUCCGACUUGCUCAGAAUGGAGGCAACCAAAUCCCCCACAAACGGGGAAGACAUUGUUAAUCCAUCGGAUCAGUUGGAUGGAUCAAUUUUGGAAGGACCACCACAACACUCCCACCUCUGUGAAGCGAUCAAGAGCGACGACGAUACCGAGGUACAACAGGAAUUGGACAGACACGGCGUGACUUUGCUAAAAGAACCAUGCAAAUCCUGCAACAAAUACCCCAUCCACACAGCCAUCCGGGGCCGUGCCUACGAAUCUCUCAAAGCAAUUGUUAUAGCCUCCGACUCAGCCGUCGCCAACAUCCCCUGCCCAGAAAGUGGCGAAACCGCAAUCGAGCUAGCAAGUUCUAGUUCUUCUUACAGAAAGGUGCUGGAAAUAUUCCUGUCGCGCUACGACAUAUUCAAUGUGACCAAAGAGCUUUUCAGACAGCGCAAAAAGGAGGUGAACGAUGAGACCAAAGCAAUUCUAAAGAAACUUCAGAAAAGGUCAUAA